AUGGAACCCAGCCUGGAAAUUGAGAACCAGCCCUCUGAGAUGCUCAAGGACCUGGUGCUGAGAUGGUUUCUGCAGACGCAAGUUCCUCUUAUGUUACAGGACAGCAGCUUGCCAGAAUGGUUCCAUGGAUUCAUUACAAGGAAGCAAACUGAAGAGCAGCUGAAAGAAAAAAGCUUUGGCAGUUUUCUCAUCCGAUUAAAUGAGAGAUCGUUUGGAUACAUCCUCUCCUACAGGGGAAAAGAUCGAUGCCGCCAUUUUGUCAUCAGUUGUCAACGGAAUGGAUGUUAUGUCAUAUCAGGGGACACCCAGACCCAUCCAAGCCUUGCGGAGCUCAUAAGUUACUACCAGACUUCCAAGAUAGAGCCUUUCGGAGAAAAUCUGACUACAGCCUGUUCAAAUCAAGAGGAAAGAAGCAUCUAUGAUGAAAUCUCUGUGCAUCAGCCAAGAGCUUUCCAGCAAAGCUCUACAAGCAGCACUUCGGAGCUGACCAGAGAAGUGUCUGGCAGCUCACCAGCCACCAGGCCAGCAAAAGAAGACAGCAGCCCCCGGCCAGUGACACCCAGGAAAAAGCUUCAGGAGCAGCAGAAGUCUUUGUCAAGGGAGAACCGGAAUCUGUGCCCAGAGGACCCUGAAGCAGCCCCACCGGUGCCAGACAAGAGCUGCUUGCUAAUAGCAGAAUCCUUUGAGGAAGACUUUGGAACCAAAGGAAGCAUUGCUUAUUCAGCAGUGAAGAAACACCCGUUAGACAACAUGAGCCUGGAGGUGCCAAAAGACAUGUGCAAAGUGUUGGUGGACAAUUUGCCAAAGCCUGAAGAACCCGGCCCAGUUAGUGCCUCUCCCUACAAGAAAAAAACAAGUACCGUGUUUGCAUUGACUAAGCAAUCUGAUAGACUAUAUGGCAAAAAAGUCACAGAAAACUCCCACCCAGAAACUACUUACUCCAUAAUUAGCCGAGACCAAGACAAGAGCUGUUUGGCAUUCCCUGCCCCCACCAGUGGUCCAUCCUCUGUUGCUACACCCAAGAAAGCAAUGCUAAACCCUCCUGCUUCAGCUCCUCCCAAGCUGUCUCCUAAGUUACCUAAUAAGCCUGUGACCUCCUCAGAACUCCGGGGAUCGCAGUCUCCAUUUGUAGCCUAUGCCAGCUCUCUUGUGUUUGAGAAGGAGCCUCGAGAGCCAAACCACUCCAAGAGUUUGCCAGAUUUGCCAAGGGGAAACAAGUAUGGGCAGAUCAUUAAGAUGAAACACCCUAAAUCCACAGCACCCCUCCAUGGUGAUGAUCUUGAUGAGGCAAGCAAUACUUAUGAACAGAUUCCUUUUGGAUGGUCAAAGGGCAUCACCCAUGACCCCGAUUCAGAAAAGCUUCCCCAGUCUUCACCAAUACAGCCCAAAGAGACUUACGAUCAAAUCUCUACAAAGACUGGGCGAUCCUCUAAGGCACAUGUCUAUACUGUGAAUCCAUGCAAAAAGAGCCCUGAUCCAUUCUCCAAAGCCUUUUCCUCAAAAAGGAAUGUCUCCACUGCAGACAAUACCUAUGAACAAAUUCACUUCAGUCCUGGAAAAGAAGCAGAAUGCAAGCCAAACCAAAAGGUAAACUCUACUCAGCUUGCAUGA